AGAUAGCGGAGAUGGACGCACGGUUGUACUGAAAUCCCCGGUCUUAACUCCGCAGCUACGCCGGUGCACAAAGAUGAGAUCAGACAGCAAAGGACUGAAGAACAGACUGUCACAGGACACCGAGAGGGAGUUUGGAGGAGCUCUGGGUGCCAUAUGCAUUCCCGUCUUUCUUCCACUGACGGUGCUCUUCCUGAUCUGUGUGAGCCGGUCUCCCGAGGCCAGCGUGCUCCAGUGGCCGCCGUCCCUCCCCUCCACGGAUCAGCUGUGGGACCCUGUGGCCCCCGUUCUCCUGCUGGGAUGGAUCGCCCUGCAUGCCCUCCUCUAUUCGAUGCCAUUAGGAAAGGUGUCUGAAGGGUUAAUGCUGAGGGAUGGAACGCGCCUGAAGUAUCCCAUAAAUGGUUUUCACAGCCUGUGCGUCAGCGCCGUGUUGCUGAUUUUGUUCCUGGGUCUCGGGGCUCCACUCGGAUAUCUGUUUGAGCUGCUCUUGCCUCUGGCAGCGUCUGCCAUCGCACUAUCAUUCCUGUUCUCCAUCUACCUCUACGUCCGCUCCUUCUGCGCUCCUUCCCAGGCUCUGGCUCUGGGGGGAAACACAGGGAACCCCCUGUAUGACUUCUUCAUCGGCCGGGAGCUGAACCCACGCAUCGGAAGCUUCGACCUGAAGUAUUUCUGUGAGCUCAGGCCAGGGCUCAUCGGCUGGGUGGUCAUAAACCUUGGGAUGCUGAUGAAGGAGGUGGAGCUUCGAGGGUCUCCCUCUCUUGCCAUGAUCCUGGUCAACAGUUUCCAGCUGCUCUACGUGGCCGACGCUCUGUGGAAUGAGGAGGCUGUUCUGACAACCAUGGACAUUGUUCACGAUGGUUUUGGCUUCAUGCUGGUGUUUGGUGACCUGGCUUGGGUCCCCUUCACGUACAGCCUGCAGGCCGCCUUCCUGGUGGUGCACCCGCGGGUGCUCACCUCCCUCCAUGCUGCAGCGAUAGUGGCACUGAAUGGUGCUGGAUAUUACAUUUUCAGAAAAUCCAAUUCGCAGAAGAACCAGUUCAGACGAGACCCGACACACCCGAGCGUUGCAGGACUGGAAACCAUUGCUACGGCAACGGGGAAGCGGCUGUUGGUGUCUGGCUGGUGGGGUCUCGUUCGCCAUCCCAAUUACCUCGGUGAUCUCUUCAUGGCCCUGGCAUGGUCCCUGCCAUGUGGAUUCUCACAUCUUCUGCCUUACUUCUACGUCAUAUACUUCACCAUCUUGCUGAUUCACAGAGAGGCUCGCGAUGAGAGACAAUGCAGGGCCAAAUAUGGAGUAGCGUGGGACACUUACUGUCGCCGGGUCCCCCACAGGAUCUUCCCUUACAUAUACUGAAAAGGACAGAAUUUACAAGAAACGGAGCAAAAGUGACGUACAACAUUACUACUGGGAAAGAGGACAUCACAGUUUUAUGCAGCCUUUUUGUGUAUAUGAUGGAUCUUUUGGUGCGUUUUGACAUUUAAACUGUGUAACAAGCGCUGUAGCUAAAGUCAGUCAGGAGCACUGCACAUCUCUUUUUUUAAAAUAUGAGGGCAAAAACAUUUUAGUGACCAGAAAAAUAAAAAAAAAUCUGUUCUUUUUGUCAACAAAAAAAAGACUGUCAUAGCAUUUGUAUUACAUUUUCUUUUCUGAGGUGUAUUGGUGCUUUUAAAAUGCAUUUUAAAUAAAAAAGAGAUAC